AACUUAUUAAAUAGGUUGAUGUGUGGGUGUUGAGAAUGGGGUUUGAAAAGGAGCCCAGUAUAUGCAGAUUGUCAGAAAAAUUGAGUGACUCUACUUUACCCUUGGGCGAUCGAUUUGAUGCUUUAUUUCAACUCAGGACAAAUGGCACUGUCGCUGCUAUGCAAUGUAUUGCUGGCCGUCUUUUAGACCCAAAGGAGGACUCUGCCUUGUUGAAGCAUGAGCUUGCCUACUGCAUCGGGCAAAUGCAACUUAAAGAAGCAAUUCCAUCGUUGUCACAAGUUCUUGAAAAUGAAAAUGAGAACACUAUGGUUCGACAUGAGGCCGGAGAGGCUCUCGGAGCAAUAGGUUCAGCUGAAGCAAUAGAUGUGCUAUCUAAGUUCGUGUCACACAGUGAAGCGGCAAUCAGCGAAACCUGUCAACUGGCAAUUGAACGAAUAAACAAUGUUUCCGAAAACUCGAACCAAAAUAAACCAACUGGAGGCUUCGGAUCAAUCGAUCCAGCUGUUUUUGAAGAAAGUUUAACACCCAGUGGAGAUACAUGCGAAGACAUCGAUCCCUUGCAAGAGCGUCUCCUUAACGAGAGUAUUCCAUUGUAUGAGAGAUAUGUGGCAAUGUUUAAAUUGAGAAACAUAAGUUCAAAACUGUCAACAAGGGCGCUUUGCGAAGGUUUCGGAUCAAAAAGCGCUUUAUUUCGACAUGAGAUUGCAUAUGUAUUGGGACAGAUGCAGAAUAAAGAAGCCGUUUCAUCUCUUGCCGAGGUUCUUGCGAAUCAAAGCGAAGAUCCAAUGGUGCGUCACGAGUGCGCUGAGGCCCUGGGGUCAAUAGCCUCAAAGCACAGUGGAGUCACUGAUACACUUAAGCGUUUUCUCAGCGAUCCCGAAAGAGUAGUGAGAGAGAGUUGUGAAGUUGCUCUUGAAAUUUCUAAUCAUUGAAUUAUUGCCAUUUUGUUGAGAAAUUGUCUUGUAA